UUAAAAAUUGAUUUGGAAAUGAACUUUGCUGAGUAUGUUUUAAAUGCAGGAAAAGUCACCCCUGGGAAUGAGCAAAGGAGUGGAAUGAACCCUAAACUGCAGAAGAAACAGAAUGAAAGCAUCAUGCAUGAAGCAUGUGCUCUGCUGAAUUCCGGAGGGGGGAUGGUCAAGGCUGAGACUGAGAACAAAGACUAUAAUUAUGACAGUCAUGGAGUAGGAUUGUAUCUGCCUUCAACUUUCAAAGGCUAGUUAGAUGAGAUGCAGCAGGGAGAUCUCUUUUUGAUUUUUGUGAAAUCAUGGAUGCCAGAGGCCUCUGUAUAUGAUUUGCUUACCUUGUGCUCCUCUUUGUGCCACAGACAUAGAACAUGCACUAAUGUCGUGAAUUCUCAGGAAGCACUGGCAUUCCCCAAAGGCAGGAUUCAGACUCUUACAAAUAUUAAUGAUUCCAAUUCAUUAAGUCCACAGAAAUUUCAGGUUCAUGUACAAAAUGAAGGUAACAUAAAGGCUUCAGCUGCUGCUUUAUUUGAUAGCACUCACCACCUUCAGUACCAGGAAAAGCUCAACUUUACUAAGUCCACGCACGUUGAAUUUAAGAUGUUCUCAACAGAGAUGACACAAUGUUUACCCAGGUGUGUUUCUGCAUUUGCAAACACUGAGGGAGGGUAUGUAUUUUUUGGCCUGCAUGAUGAGACCCAUCAAGUCACUGGAUGUGAAAAAGAGAAAACAGAUCUUGCCACCUUGAGGGCUUCUAUUGAUCACUAUAUUAGGAAGUUACCAGCCCAUCAUUUCUGACAGAGGCGUGAGAUAAAAUAUGCCACCAAAUUCGUUGCAGUACACAAGCAGGGGGCCCUCCAUGGAUAUGUCUGUGCAGUCAGCGUGGAACGAUUCUGCUGUGCAGUGUUUGCCAAAGUGCAUAAUUCCUGGCGGGUGAAGGACAAUCGUGUGAGACAGCUAGCCACAAGGAAUGGGAAUAGAAUCAGCAAUGAUUUUAAUGUUUGCUGA